AUGAUUGGAAAAGAGGAUUUCGACAAAUUACUGCAAGCCCGCGGCACCUUGGUGAUAGAUGGCGCUCUCGCUACCGAACUCGAAGCCCGAGGCUCCGACUUGAACCAUGCGCUCUGGUCUGCAAAGAUUCUGAAAGAUGAUCCGGCCAGCAUUGAGAAGGUGCAUUUGGAUUACUACCUUGCUGGUGGGGACAUCGCGAUCACCGCUUCCUACCAAGCGGCUCCGGCGGGACUUCGAGAACACUUUGGGAUGGAUGAAAGUGCCGCCAGAGAUAUGAUCUCAGCCAGCGUAGAUCUGGCAUCUCAGGCUCGACAAACUGCUUACGAACAAGGUCUUCAACGCCGAAUGUUGGUCGCCGGAAGUGUUGGACCUUACGGUGCUUACUUGGCCGACGGAUCAGAGUACCGCGGCGACUAUAUCAGAACAUACAAGGAGCUUAAAGACUUCCAUCGGCCCAGAAUACAGGCUCUUGUGGAUGCGGGUGUGGACCUACUCGCUCUGGAAACUAUACCCAAUGUCAACGAGAUCGAAGCGCUCCUUGAAUUGCUUAAAGAAGAGUUCCCAGAUGCUGUCGCAUGGCUUAGCUGCACAGUCGGAUCUCCCGAGUCCCUGAGCGACGGAACACCAUGGAGCGAUGUGCUUCACCUCGUCAAUGGACACGCGGACCGUAUUGUUGGCUUUGGUAUCAACUGCAUUGCCAUGUCGAUUGCCACUGAUACUUUGAAGAAUAUUGUAACCUUGACGCCGAUUCCCCUGGUGUGCUAUCCUAAUUCUGGUGAAACUUGGGACGCCACCACCAAGACCUGGCAAAGUCUCCAGUCCGGAGAUGUUCUCUACUCAGACAGCAAGGGUACACCGGGUUUGGCUGAGGAAUUGGAUCGCUGGACUGGGGCUGGAGCAAAGCUCAUCGGCGGAUGCUGUCGUACCGGACCUGAAUACAUCAAGGCUGUUUCUCACCAUCUCACCGAAACCCAAAAUCACAAGCGGUGA